AUGGUGUCAAAAGCGGGGAAGCUGGAUCAAUUGGAUGAGAUGAUCGAAGUCGACGAAUUACACGAAGCUCUGGCUGAAAUUGAGAAUAUCCCAAACGAAGAAAGCAUUCAACACAAAAUUGGAACUGCGGAAGCAGUCGCGGAUUCCCAAUCCACCACUGUAGCUCCCCGUCGUCUGGAAAAGGCCCGGCCUCGCUCAAAAAGUGCUACGGGUAUACGCCCAGAUGUGCGAAACCAGAGCCCUGUUCGUAAUGUUCAGGUUCAGGAACCGAGUGCCACUCGACCACCAGUGCCUCCCCACAAGUCUACUGCGGCGAAAGACAACACUUUUACUCCAAGGUCACAGGCGGAAAGGGAACCUCCUAGAUAUGCCCAUAGAAGUGGGUUCGACGAUUCUCCCGAGAUUGAGCUUUCCCACCAGGUGCACCGAGGGAUUGCGCAGGCGGGGCAUGGAGGGUCGUAUGCUGAAAGAGUUAGGAGAGCCGCUCCCCAAGAGCCAGAUUUAGAUGAUAUGUAUCAGGAGCUUGUGUACCAGCGUCGUGCAGCACAACAUGCAUUCCGAGAAGCUGAGUACUAUAAAAGAAUUGCUGGGUCGCUCCAUAAAGAACUGGAAGACUGCAAGAAGGACCUCUGGGAGGCCCAGGACGAGAAGAAAGCGCUUGGACAGCAAAUCCUGGACCUGGGAACGGUGGCAGAAGGGGUGACGGACGAAGUCCUGCGAAGACUCUUCCAAAGUGCCAUUGGAUGCGCUGUAGAAUCUCACUCCAAGGUAUUUGGCAAGCCUACGGGUGAUGAUGCUGGGCGUUUGGGAAAACUGCUCAGCCCGGAAUGCAUCCGGUUGCUACAACAGUUUGGCAGAAAAUACUAUCAUAGCUUGCUUGCUAGUGCGCUCUUCAAAGAAACCUCUGACGCAGUUGGCAAGAGAUACGUUGUGGGGGCGGCAUCUGGAAUUUUAAAACUCACAAGAGAAUUUGACAUGGAGCUUGACCCUCGGAGCUCCUUGACGUUCUUGCAGAUAUUAGAGGAAGUCCUUCAUUUACCAUCGAUCGGGGUACCACAACGGGAUAUCAACACCUGGAGAUCAAGCUUCGUUAAGCUUCUCCAAUACCUCCCCGAAGUCAGCGAGCUAGCAAAUUCCUCCGGAUCCAAAGCCAGUGCAGAAUCCGAACUGUCCGAACUAGUCGAUGAGGUAUGGGCCAAACUGGAGCCACAUAUUCCUCCAGGAGACAAAGGCCGUCGCAGCUUGCAAAAGCUAUUGAAGCUCCAAGCAAACCUCCGCCUGAAGACCUGCAUGUCCCUCGCGUCCUACGAGCUCAAGUUCCAUGAUCCUGGCACGCAGUUCAACGUUUCAACCAUGAGCAUUGUCGAUGUCACGGAGGGCGAGUGCGAGGACGACGAACUUCGUAGACUAGAUAACGAAAGUUGCGGUCGGAAACUGGUGGUAGGCUAUUGCUUCUUCCCCGCUCUCUAUAAAUGGGGCAAUGAUCGUGGAUUUGAUACUGCGAAGGGUCAUGUUGUCGCGCGCGCCAUGGUCCUGCCUGUCUAUGAUGAUGACCCCUUUCUACAACAGCAGAUAUUGGAGAGCGCAAACCAGUCACCAAGUUUCGACGACACCCCGAUGGCCAAUUCUCUAUCUUGA